CUCCCAUCGUUGUCGUUGGUGGUCAUUGGUGAUUUGUUUCUUUAGGCCCUUUAUCUUUUUCGUGAAAAUAUGGGUCCGAAACCGAAACCGACGGAUAAACCAGCAGGUGAAAAGAAGCCUGCUGGUGAAAAGAAGCCAGCAGCUGAGAAGAAACCAGCGGAGAAGAAGCCAGCGUCUGCACCUGCAGCAGGAGCUUCUACAUCUGGAGCAGCAAAGGCUGCUGCAGCUCCCAAACCCAAGGCUGCAGCCGCAGCACCUAAACCUGGCUCAUCCAAGACACCUGCCCCGGCACCUAAGGCAGCCCAGGCUUCGGCCAAGGCAGCUGCCGCUGCCGCUUCAAAGGCAGCUAAACCUGCAGCUGCAGCAGGCAAACCUGCUGCAGCUGGGGGUAAAGCUGCCAAACCAGCGGCUGGUGCUAAGGCAGCCAAGCCUGCUGCAGCAGCAGCUGGUGCGAAGCCUGCUGCCAAAAAGGCCCCUGCUGGAAAAGCCGCGGCCAAGGCUGGAGCCAAACCGGCUGGCAAACCAGCAACCAAGGCUGGUGGAAAGGCUACUGGAAAACCGGCUGCCAAGAAAGCCACAUCAAAACCAGCUGCCAAAAAAAUUGAGAAACCAAAACGGGAUGUCGCACCCAAAUCUCAAAAAGGAGGCAAAGUGGUUAAGAAACCAGCAGCUCCCAUCAAGAGAGCCUUAAAAGUAAAGACAAAGGUAAUCAAAGGAGCUUUUGGAAAGAGAGUACGAAAGAUCAGGACGUCAGUUCACUUCCGACGACCCAAGACGUUUGAACCCCCCAGGAAUCCUAAGUACCCCAGGAAGUCUGUGCCUAGGAGAAACCGGUAAGACUUUGUAUUUGUUAA